ACGACAUCUCGUCUCAUGUGUCCCACUCGUGAUACCUAAAAAUCUAAAAAUGGCAAAGAACAAGGACGAUAUAGAGUACGCAACGGCUCAAGCAAAGCUAUCGGAAGAUGAACCAAUUCGUGUAAGCUACAAACACGGGACACCAUUAGAGGGAGGCAAGAUUGCAGAGUCCGAGCCUGUAGAGCUGUUCUCAAGUGCUCAAAGGAUCGAACAGGGCAAAGGCCAGUCAGUCUCUGGCGGCCAAACACAGAUGCAACGUGACGUCAAAGAUGUCCCCGGAACACGAACAGAUGAUAGUCGCCGUUGAACCAACAGUGUAGUUAUAUGGGUUUGUUAUGUUCGAGAUCUUUAGACAUAUGAUGUUCUCUAAAUAAAAACAGACUUAAGCAUGUUCUUAAAGUUGAA